UCAGCCUCCCCGUAGCCUAUGUAGAAAUUGCGGACAAAAUAUUGAUAUUUCGCUGAUAGUCUUACUUCACAGCCAGCAAUACAGCAUAGCUGUAAAACGUCGAAAUGGAUUAUCAUCCUUACCUAACUAAUGAUUGCCUAAUUCACAUUUUCUCUUUUUUUCAAGAAGAUGAUUUAAUUCGAGCAUCAAGUGUCUGUAAGGAAUGGCAAGAAGCAGCAGAAACACCUUGGUUGUGGCGAGAAAUGUGUCUGCAGCGUUGGGGUUUCUGUAACAUUGCGGUGCUGGGCUCUGAACAUGGGAAGCAGGCUUGGAAGAGCUACUUCCUGCGUCGCUCUCACCUGGAGCUGAAGAUGACCAAGGGCAGAUCCGGUGGGGACUACACCUGUAAYAGCUUGAGGGGACACACAGGCAGGGUGGUUGGGUGUGUGUACCUGUCAGGGAACUCUCCCCAGCUCCCUGACUUCUGGAGCUCCACCCCUACUAUCUGCAGUUCAUCCUCAGAUGGUACAGUCCGUGCCUGGGAUGUCCAGCAGGGGGUACAGCUGUGGUGCAGCCCUGUUCAGAGUCCUCUAACUGGGAUGGUAGCUGACGGUGGGCAUGGUGGGGUCAUCACGUCAGAUUCCACAGGGCUGCUCAAAGCCUGGGAUGGUCAGAGUGGACAGGAGAUGUCCUUCUACUCCUCAGCAUCCCCACAGUGCACCUUACUGCCCUACAGUGUAGAAGACAGCUCUUUUCUCUCAGUGGGGACCAGUCAAGGCUCUGUCCAUACUCUGACUAGCCCCUCACUGUCAAAGCUGUCCACUCUGGUGGUGUGUGACACAUUCAAAGUAAACCUACUCCUGGCAUCGCCAGACAAGAAAUGGAUCCUAGCUGGAACUACAGAGAAUAUGGAUAUGAGUCCAAAGGUGUUGUCCAGUCAGAGUGUGACGUGUCCCUCUGAGGAGGAGGAUCCUCUGUGCCAGUGUCUGCCUGUCUCAGGCUGCAGUGCUGCUGCCUUCCUGCCCUCCCAGCCGGCCAGACUGGCCACGGUCCACUGCAAGGACAACUCACACUCAAACAUGCAUCACAACAAGGUCCUCUCUGUGUUCGACAUCAUCAUAAAAAAGACCCGAUUCAAGACAGAGAUCCAGGUUGAGCAGGUGGAGAAAUUCGAGUUGGUAUUUGAGGGCAGGACUUCGGACAUCCUUCUGGAGGGCAAGGGAAGCAGCACUCUGGUUGUAGCUGCUCACAGAGAGCUGAAGGUCUACACUGUGAAAGGAGAACUCAUCUGUAGCUUCAAGGACCAUACUGAACCUAUCUGCUCUAUUUGUGUGGAUAGUUUCCGUGUAGUCACUGCUUCUCGGGACCUGUCCUUAAGAGUUCUGACGUGGAAAACUGACAGAGACAAAGGGCUCACACUGGAAAGUCGAUACCACUUACUGGGAGGCUCUCACUCCAUGUCCAGAGGGUUCAGUUAUGUGGCUUGUGACUACUCAACCAUUGUGGCUUCAGUGGAAGCAGUGGAUGGGAAGGAUGUCCUGAAGGCCUACUCUUUCAACUCCUGAGCAACACUGUCCUCUAGGAGGACUUCGCAGGUACUACAGUCGUUAGCAUCAGUCACUAACAAUUAAUUGUGCACGUUUCUGAGUAGUUUAAUCACUGAUGUUGUGCCUUGCCUUUACAAUCCCCUCUGUUUAUGGGAUAUACAUUGUAAUCAAGAGUUUAUGGGAUAUACAUUGUAAUCAAGAUUUAUCGCAGAUGUGUUUAUGUUAUGCAAAGCAUGCACAUACAAGUAUGAAGGGGAAAAACAUUGCAGUUUGCUGUGCCAUGAUACUUUAUUUUUUGUGUAAUAACACAUUUCUGUAAAGGAAUGAAUGGUUAUAAUCACUUAGCUGGCUUUAUGUGGAGCUUAGGUAUUUAAAUCCCUGUGUUGGAUGUUYCAUGUUCAAUAUAACCUAAAUCUUUAGGGCACAUACUGUAACAAAUACUGCRCCUUGAUCUUCUUAACGAAACCAAACUGACAAUUUAUUUUUAACUCUCAAAUAAACUGCAUUUUCUUGGGUC